AUGGCAAAGUGGCUGAAGGAUUAUCUGAGUUUUGGGAGUAAGCGCAUGCCUCCACAACCACCCAAACCCGACUACACCGAGAGCGAGAUUCUCAAAGCUUAUCGGUUGCAGAAGAACUUGGACUUCGAGGAUCCGUAUGAGGACUCCGAAAACCGUUCCAGGGGCGACACGGGGGCAUCAGACGGCCUCCAGGCGGGAUACGGAUCUCCGGUGAAGCCCAGCGGUUUGGACGUGAAAGUCGUGUCUCCCAAACAUCGGCUCAUUAAGGUGGACUCUCAGGACCUGGGCAGAACCAAGGUUCUCCUGAGCGCUGUGUCUCUGGAGGAGUCGUCGGAACCGGUGGUUCCGUCGGCUCCGGCUGUGGGAGACACGGACUACUCGGAUCCGUUCGACGCUCGGCUGAGCCCCCGGCCCGAAACCGAGCCCGGGCCGACACCCCCGGAAAACAACGGUUACAUGGAACCUUACGAAGCCCAAAGGGUCAUCACAGAGCUCCAGAGGAGGCCCGGAGGAGGCGUCUGGGGGAGAGGGGAGGUGCAGCUGUACGACACUCCGUACGAGGAGCACGAGCUGGGCCAGACGGAAGGAGCAGAGGACGGGAAAGAGAGCCGGCUGCCGCAGGACGACGAGAGGCCCGCAGACGAGUACGACCAGCCCUGGGAAUGGAAGAAAGACCACAUCUCAAAGGCUUUCGCAGAAAUGAAAGAGAAAGCUGAGUUGCCGUGGCCUCCUCCAGUCGGUCAGCUGGAGGGAGAGUCUCCCACCAGCGAACAAGUGCAGUUUGACGCCGUGGACUGGGACCGCUCGUCCUCGCCUGUCGAGCGUUUGCGCGCCCCCCCUCGCUCUGCCCCCUUAACCCCAGGCAGCAUGAAGUUACGCAAACCCUCUGACUCACACGGCAUGAUGGGAGAGAGAGUGGACCCUACCCUGCCCCUGGAGAAACAAGUGUGGUACCAUGGUUCCCUGUCCCGUUCGGAGGCGGAGUCUCUCCUGACACUGUGUAAGGAGUGCAGUUACUUAGUGAGAAACAGCGAAACAAGUCACUUGGAUUACUCCCUCUCAGUCAGAAGCUGCCAGGGGUUUAUGCAUAUGAAGUUUACCCAAUCAAAGGAUGGCAAAUACGUUCUCGGCCAAAACAGCCCCCCUUUUGACACCAUUCCCGAAGUGAUCAGUUACUACACCACCCACAAACUACCAAUCAGAGGAGCCGAACACUUGUCUUUGCUCUUCCCCGUGCUGGUACAGACUCUCUGA